GCCGGGAGCGCUCCGCGCCAGGCCCGGGGGGGAGGAGGGCUGCGCUGCCGUGCUGGAUGCCGUUAAACGGGCCCCGGAUACCUUGGAGAGAGCUUCUUGACUCGCAGCACUGUCUUUAAAUGCUCAAAGAGGGAACCUAGCCCAGGAAAGUGAAAAUUGCCUUGAGAAAAGUUGCCUCUCUGUGUAAUUCAGAAUGAUCGAGGAGAGUGGGAAGAGGAGGAGGACAAUGGCAGAGAAGAGACAGCUGUUCAUGGAAAUGAGGGCUCAGAACUUUGAUGUCAUCAGACUUUCAACGUAUCGGACAGCCUGUAAACUGCGGUUUGUACAAAAAAGAUGUAAUCUUCAUCUUGUUGAUAUCUGGAAUAUGAUCGAAGCCUUCAGAGAUAAUGGCCUUAACACUUUGGAUCAUAACACAGAGAUCAACGUGUCUCGACUAGAAACAAUCAUUUCAUCUAUCUACUAUCAGCUAAACAAACGCCUGCCUUCUACUCACCAAAUCAGUGUAGAGCAAUCCAUCAGCCUUCUCCUCAACUUCAUGAUAGCAGCAUAUGACAGUGAGGGCCAUGGGAAGUUGACGGUAUUUUCAGUGAAAGCUAUGUUAGCGACAAUGUGCGGUGGGAAAAUUCUGGACAAACUUAGAUAUAUUUUCUCCCAAAUAUCAGAUUCAAAUGGACUAAUGAUAUUUACAAAAUUUGAUCAGUUUUUGAAAGAAGUUCUAAAACUUCCAACAGCUGUUUUUGAAGGGCCUUCUUUCGGAUACACAGAACACUCAGUACGGACGUGUUUCCCACAACAAAAAAAGAUCAUGCUAAACAUGUUCUUAGACACACUGAUGGCUGACCCACCUCCUCAGUGCCUUGUGUGGCUGCCUCUCCUGCACAGACUUGCCCAUGUUGAAAAUGUCUUCCAUCCCGUGGAAUGUUCAUAUUGCCGGUGCGAGAGCAUGAUGGGUUUCCGGUACCGAUGCCAGCAGUGCCACAACUACCAGCUCUGUCAAAACUGUUUUUGGCGUGGCCAUGCAAAUGGCCCUCAUAGCAACCAACAUCAGAUGAAGGAGCAUUCCUCUUGGAAGUCGCCUGCAAAGAAGCUGAGCCAUGCAAUUAGUAAAUCACUCGGUUGUGUACCAAGCAGAGAACCUCCUCGUCCUAUAUUUCCUGAGCAGCCAGAAAAGCCACUUGAUCUUGCACAUAUAGUUCCUCCUCGACCUCUGACUAACAUGAACGACACCAUGGUGACCCACAUGUCCUCUGGAGCACCUACACCAACAAAAAGGUUACAGUACAACCUGGAUACUGCCAGUCGAUUAGCUGAUGAGCAUGCACUGAUAGCAGCCUAUGUGAACCGGCUACAGAGUGGUACACGCGUCUUGGACAGCCCUAGCAGACUGGAUGAGGAGCACAGACUGAUUGCCAGAUACGCUGCCAGGCUGGCUGCAGAAGCUGGAAGUGCACCUCGCCCACCAACAGACCUGGGUUUCAACUUCGAUGCCAAUAAACAACAAAGGCAGCUGAUAGCAGAGCUGGAAAACAAAAACAGAGAGAUACUCCAAGAAAUUCAGCGUCUCAGACUGGAGCAUGAGCAAGCCUCCCAGCCCACACCUGAGAAAGCCCAGCAGAACCCAACUUUAUUAGCCGAACUCAGGCUUCUACGGCAGAGAAAGGAUGAACUAGAACAGAGGAUGUCUGCACUUCAGGAAAGCAGAAGAGAACUGAUGGUGCAGCUUGAAGGGCUAAUGAAACUGCUCAAAGAAGAAGAGCAAAAGCAGGCAGCUCAAGCAGCAGGCUCGGCACACUCCUCGCCCACCCACGGAGCGAGCCGCCCGAUGCCCAUGCCCGUCAGAUCCACUUCAGCUGGCUCUACCCCAACGCACGUCCCUCAGGACUCACUCGCAGGUGUCGGGGGAGAUGUUCAGGAAGCUUUCACACAAGGUGCAAGGAGGAACCUCCGCAAUGAUCUUCUGGUAGCAGCUGAUUCCAUUACAAACACAAUGUCGUCUUUGGUGAAGGAACUUCAUUCAGCAGAGGAAGAGGAUGAAGAAGAAACAGAAAAAGUGCAGAAUGGGAAGGACCGAGGUUAGAUAGAAGACCACGGACUGUACAGUAGUUCAACGGCGCAGGCACGGAGGGUCGCGCAGUGAGCUUAUGUUGCAAAAACGUCUCCACGUCCUUCGGAAGAGGCGCGUUUCCGCCCAUACGUUCACCGCCGUGCAGCUGUGAAAGAUCCCAACCACCUUGCUGAUAAAAGCAGCCUGCUCUGAACCUCCUGGAGGGCUUUCUCCGUGGGCAUUUGCCUCUUAGGUUAUUGCAUGUACUGUGUUCAUUAAUGUGUUUGCUAACGGUAAUCAGACUAUGCCCCAUCGAACUCAGCAAUUCACGGGAGGGUUAAAGGAAAAAAAAGAAGAAAAAAAAAAAAAAGGAAAGAUAAUACUCCCUCUCGUGUAAAGUGUACUAAUCUUUUUUUUUUAUUAUUAUUUCCUACCAAAUGGUGUCAUAAUUACGUCACGUGCUGGUUAUUUCCCCUCGACUCCUGACCCCUUGGCAUGCAUGAAAAAAAGCGGGUUUAGACCCCCUUUUGCGUUGUCUCGCGUGUAAUGCAAAGGGCGCAAUGAGCACAGAGCCUUCAAAAAGAACCCACCUUCUAAAAACACCGCGCUGUCUAUUAAUGUUUGGUUGCCACAGUGUUUGCUGUUGCGUGUCAUUCUGAGAGUAAACGACAGGGCAUGUCAAGGGUGGAGGAGUGCACCGCAAGAGGAGGAGCAACCGUAACGAUGGGGCCAUAAACCCCUGGAUGAAUGCCUCCUGGGGAAUCCUGCCUCUAUGCUUUUCUUUAGGCUUCUCUUUGCAAGCAGGGAGCCCCGGGACGACCACUGCCAGGUUUAGAUUAGCAUCUGUGCAUUAAUUCUCAAGAGUCAAGUUGGGUUUUGUUUAAAAUUAAGAGAAAUAACAAAGCCGUGUAGUCUGAGGUUAGAAGCUCACCACCGUCUGAAUCCUUGCUAGGCUCUACUUUUAUAGCUGCUGAGAAAACAUUGUAAUCAGUUCCAAUCACUAGUGAUUUUUUUUUUUCUUGGUGCUUAGGAAUGUUAUUUUUAGUGGAAGGAGCUGAGUGCCCUAAUGCAUCUAUAAAUAUUUAUCAAGGGUGAUGAAUGGAAAGGAGUGAUAAACCCUGAAACCAACUCUCAGCUUUUCUUCCUGUCUGAACCGAUAUGCUGCGUUGGUUCUUGGCGGAAAGUGCUCGUUCGGUACCUACAACCCUUUGGGAGAGAAAAAAUAAACAUACGUGGUGGCCACAGAUUUAGUCGAAUAUAAAUAUUGUGAAUGAGCUGUCAAGAAGGAAAGAAAA